AUGGGGCAACGUGGGUUCGAACCAGGACUAUCGAUGACCCCGUAUGGAACGAUGAAUUCAGAUGGGAUUAAGGAUCCGGCUCUCUACACUCACCACUGGUCUCUUUUGGUGAUCCAGCCUAACGGGGUCAAGAAAAUGGGUGAAAUCGAAUUGGCCGUCGGAGCCACCAUUGAAGAAGCUGGUUGUGGAGUUUUUUCUCGAUUUGGAUUCUCACUCUUGGAGCUCUCGCAGAACCAAGGUGAACGUCACAAGGAUUAUAGAUACUCUGAGCUUUUUGGGUGA